AGUAUGGCUGGGACACCGACGCCCAGGUCCAGGUCUAGCCACUCGACGCCGAGGGCGCGCUCGUCGGCGCCAUGCAACGCUACGAGUUCCACGCCCACGCGAGGGGCACCGCGGUCGCGCUGGCGCGGGCCAACCGACGGGGCCGUCGAUUGGGGUCGCUCCGACGCCCCCACGGUGGAGGAGGUGGUCGGGCCCGACGGGUUCGACUUCGUCGCCGGCGAUGACGCCCUGGCGUUCGGCUCCGGGGUCACGGACCUAAACAUGGUAGGGUCGUUGGAGCUGGUGGUCUCCAAUGGCGCUGGCGAGGGCCUCGCAGAGCUCGAGUUGCUAUCGAUUUGCAGGUAAAUUUGUAAGGAUAUGCAACAAAAUUGAACAUCAACACCUUCAGUGUGUGAGGUGCGCGUGGAUGACCGAUAUGUGUGAAGUGCGUGAGGAUAGCUAUAUUCACAUUCUUCCAAUUUCGAGAGAGGAAGAUAACUCAGUAGUACUGCCAAUUUUGGCACGC